GUCCGUUUUUGCUCAGGUAAAUAAUUUACACUGGCGCAUGCAGAGCAGGUAUACGCGUGGUGAACUCUUUUGUGAUUGGGGCUAGGUUGGUGCAGCAAUUUUGGGAUAGAAAUCUUUGGCGCUGAUUGUCUGUCUUCUUCACGUUCGCUCGCAACCUGGACUGGCCAUAAAUGUAGGUGUCUAUUUUUAGUUUAAAUGAUUAGUAUAUGGUAUGUAGACCUUUUGUAUGAACAUAGUUAUUAUUGUCAGUUUAUAAGUUUGCCAGGAAAGGCUUUAUAUGUUAGUUUACCCUACUCCGUGAAAAUGGCGGCGUUGAGAAACGAAUGUAUGUAAAUUGUCGUACGAGUGUCAGGAAUCUGUAAUGGAUGCGUUCCAGAGUUCAUGCCAAUGGUUCAUUUAUUUUGCAUCUCAGUAUCAAGGCAGUUGCAUAUAGCAUUAUAUAGCUCUUACUUGUAUUCUAAUGUUAACAAUACUGCACAAUUAUGAUUCUACAGUAACGUAUUCCAACCAGGUGGCUUAUACUGUUGACUUCUGUUAUGUUUCAGUCUUCACUGUGUUUCGUUGCCUCGCAAUAAAGCUGUUCGAGACAUACAAUGUGGAUUCGUCUCUACUGUUCGCAGCUGACGCGAUAGUGAAGAAUUUGGCAACUAAAGAUGUCGUCCAAAGGAACUGUUCAAAGUAGAAACUGAAACUGGAAAAAGAACUAGAGCAUUAACAGACAAAGCUCUACAACUGUAUCAGCAGGAAGUGAAAAGGAAAACAGAAACAUUAAAUAAAUUGUGGUCUGUUCUAUCAGAUCUGAUCGAGACAAUUCCAGUCUUAGACAGAAGUGUUCACGUGUUGAAAGCAUUCGUCAAAGGGUCUUGAGCAGGGUAAACCUGUUCCCAAAAGCAGCGGUGUAGUAUCUCUAUCACCAGUAUUCAACAGUAGUGUGUUAUGUGUAGGAGGUCGGUUGAAAAACGCGGACAUCCAUGUUCGUGAAAAGCACCCUAUCCUCUUACCAGGUAAACAUUGCCUUGCACUCUUGAUCGUUCGCCGAUGUCACGAGUCAGUCAGUCAUCAAGGUCGACAAAUUACCGAGGGCGCGGUCAGAGAGGCAGGCUAUUGGAUUACUGGGGGAAAACGUCUGAUUGCUUCAGUGAUACGCGGAUGUGUAACGUGUCGGAAACUGAGGGGGCGCCUCGGGUUUCAGAAGAUGUCAGAACUGCCUCAAGAUAGGUUACAACCUGGACCCCCGUUCUCAUCAGUCGGGGUAGACUGUUUUGGGCCUUGGCAAAUAGUCACACGUCGCACACGUGGGGGUCAAGCUAGCAGUAAGCGGUGGGCAGUCAUGUUUACCUGUCUCGUGUCGAGAGCCGUGCAUAUUGAGUUGGUUGAAGAAUUGAGCUCAUCAUCCUUCAUAAACGCACUGAGACGGUUCAUUGCUGUUAGAGGUAAAGUAAAGCUUUUUCGCUCAGACAGAGGGACCAAUUUUGUUGGCGCCACAGAGGGUCUUGGAAUCAACGUUGAAAGUAACCACGUCAGAAAUUUCCUUCUCGGAAAUGGUGCUACUUGGAUCUUCAAUCCACCACAUUCCUCUCACAUGGGAGGGGUGUGGGAGCGGAUGAUCGGUGUCACCAGGAGGAUUUUGGACUCUUUGUUGUUGAAUGUGACUAGUGGAGGUCUCACUCACGAGGUGUUGUCGACGUUCCUUGCAGAGGUCAUGGCUAUUGUUAAUUCCCGGCCACUAGUUCCACUUUCAUCUGACCCUGGAAAUCCGUAUCCCCUUAGUCCGUCUAUGAUACUCACGCACAAAAGUGAUAGCAUUGUCACUGUUGUGAUUCCCUCCAAUGUCAAAGAUUUGUUCAAAGCGCAGUGGAAACGCGUGCAAAUACUCUCAGACAUGUUCUGGAAACGGUGGCGCAAUGAGUUUCUUCAGACAUUACAAGAACGCCGAAAGUGGACAGACGAUCAACGAGACCUGUCAGUUGGUGAUGUGGUUCUUGUAAGGGACAAACAAACAGCUAGGAAUCACUGGCCCAUGGGAGUAAUCACUCAGGUACUUCCUAGUGCGGAUGGGAAGGUCCGUACAGUGAAGGUUCGGGUGGUAGCGGACAGCGGGAAACCCACCUGUUACACGCGGCCAGUAAACGAGACAGUGUUACUUGUAACAGAUUAUGAUGUGUGAUGGAAUAUUGAUGUUGAUGGACCGAAAUUAACAAUUGUGAUGUCGCGAUUGUCGAAAGUGUUCGACUUCAAACUCUUUUGAGAAAUGUGUCAAAGUAGUUUUUGUGUAGCCAUCUAAACGUGUAUUUGAUGUUUUGUAUUCUUUUCAUUUGUAGUGAUAUUCUAUAAAUAUCAGACGGGGAGUGUUCCGUCCGUUUUUUGCUCAGUUAAAUAAUUUACACUGGCGCAUGCAGAGCAGGUACGCGUGGUGAACUCUUUUGUGAUUGGGGCUAGGUUGGUGCAGCAAUUUUGGGAUAGAAAUCUUUGGCGCUGAUUGUCUGUCUUCUUCACGUUCGCUCGCAACCGCUGACUGGCCAUAAAUGUAGGUGUCUAUUUUUAGUUUAUAUGAUUAGUAUAUGGUAUGUAGACUUUUUGUAUGAACAUAGUUAUUAUUGUCAGUUCAUAAGUUUGCCAGGAAAGGCUUUAUAUGUUAGUUUACCCUACUCCGUGAAAAUGGCGGCGUUGAGAAACGAAUUUAUGUAAAUUGUCGUACGAGUGUCAUGAAUCUGUAAUGGAUGCGUUCCAGAGUUCAUGCCAAUUGUUCAUUUAUUUUGCAUCUCAGUAUCAAGCAGUUGCAUAUAGCAUUAUAAUUAGCUCUUACUUGUAUUCUAAUGUUAACAAUACUGCACAAUUAUGAUUCUACAGUAACGUAUUCCAACCAGGUGGCUUAUACUGUUGACUUCUGUUAUGUUUCAGUCUUCACUGUGUUUCGUUGCCUCUCAAUAAAGCUGUUCGAGAUAUACAAUGUGGAUUCGUCUCUACUGUUCGCAACUGA